GUGGUGGGAGAUAGACGACAGUGAGACCAAGCCUCUGCUGCCUUCCUAUGCAGACGUACAGAGAAAAAAGAGGGAAGCUGAAGGAGCGGGAUGCAUCGCGACUCGCCAUGUCCUGGCCCUGAUGGCUUUCCUCGGGUUCGUCAACGUCUACUGCCUCCGGGUCAACCUCAGCGUGGCUCUGGUUGCCAUGGUGAACUCCACCAGCGACAGCAACACCACCAACAGCAACGAGUGCCCGGACCCCGAUGGAGGCAACUCAUCCUCCAGCUCAAAUAUGGGAGAAUUUAACUGGGAUGAAGAGACACAAGGCUACGUCCUGGGUGCCUUCUUCUACGGCUACAUCGUGACUCAGCUGCCUGGCGGCUGGCUGGCCUCCAAGAUCGGCGGCAAAAAUCUGUUUGGCUACGGCGUUCUCUGCACGUCCCUGCUCACUCUGGUGACGCCCGUGGCUGCGCGGUACAGCGUGUACCUGUUCAUUGCUGUACGAGUGCUGGAAGGAAUUGGUGAGGGCGUCACUUUCCCAGCCAUGCACGCUAUCUGGGGUAACUGGGCCCCGGUGUGGGAGAGGAGUAAGCUGGCUGCUUUCACUUAAACGGCCUCCUGUCGGCGGUGCCGUACCUGGUGUGCUGGCUCAUGCAGAAUGCCUCGGGGCUGACCGCCGACUAUCUGCGCAGCCACGGCCACCUGUCCACACAGAACACCAGGAAGCUCUUCAACUCCUUAGGCCUGGUCCUGCCUGGCGGGCUGCUGAUUGUGGUGGGCUACGUGGGAUGUGACCACGUGCUGGCCAUGGUGUUCCUCACACUCUCCGUGGGCUUCGGGGGCUGCACCAUGGGGGGCUACAACGUGAACCAUCUGGACGUGGCGCCCAAGUUUGCUGGAGUUCUCAUGGGUAUCACCAACGCUAUAGCCACAAUACCAGGAUUUGUGGGCCCUGCCAUCGUUGGAUACCUCACCAACAACGACCAACGGAGAAGCCAGUGGCAGAUUGUGUUCUACAUCACCGCUGCCGUCUAUGUCUUUGGCACCAUCGUCUACCUCAUCUUUGCCCGCGGCGAGGAGAUGUGGUGGUCUCGGGCCCCGCCCAAACGCCAGGACCAAAGGCCACCUUUGUCCAGGGAAAAUUCUGAGGAGACUCAAUCGGUCAACAGCGACCCUCCCCCCGCAUACAGUGCUCAGUGAUUGGUUGAGAUGUUGUUUGACGUCUUGUGUGUACAUGCUCAGUGAUUGGUUGAGAUGUUGUUUGAAGUCUUGUGUGUACGUACUCAAUGAUUGGUUGAGAUGUUGUUUGAGGUCUUGUGUGUACGUGCUCAAUGAUUGGGGGAGAUGUUGUUUGAAGUCUUGUGUGUACGUGCUCAAUGAUUGGGGGAGAUGUUGUUUAAAGUCUUGUGUGUACAUGCUCAAUGAUCGCAUUAGACGUUGCUUGAGAUCUUGUGUUCUUGUGUGUAUUCUUUGGGGAUGUUUAUUCCAUCCGAUACUGUUAACCUAUUAAACAGUGUGUCCACAUGGAGGGUAUUUGCACUAAAAGUUUCAAUAUAUGCCUGUCUGAAAAAUUAUCAAUGUUAUGGGAGCUCAAAUUGUAUCAUAUGGUGCUGUAUGUUUGUAUGUAUGUAUAUAUGUAUGUAUGCAUGUAUGUAUGUACGUAUGUGUGUGUGUGUGUGUGUGUGUGUUUGGAUGUGUGUUAACUAUAGAUGUAUUGGUACCACACAGUUCUUUGUUCCUGUCUGGAGGUAUGUUGACCAUGCAUGUGUUGGUGCCAUGAAAUCCGGCGCUUGUCAAAGUAAUGAAAUUUUUUUAAAACAACUUUUUUCAGCCCAUUGAGCAAUUUUAACUUUUUGGGGGGGGGCUC